AUGCCCGAUGUUACGCACCGUCUCUGUGCUUGGCAUCUCAAUACAAAUGCUUCGAAAAAGGUUAAAGAUCCGAUCUUCUUAAAAACAUUUAAGGAUCUCAUGUACAACUACUACGAGGAGGAAGAAUUUGAAGCAAGAUGGUUAGACAUCAUCCAAACCCAACAACUAACAGAUAAUGAAUGGUGUCAAACAACAUUCGAGUCAAGACAACAAUGGGCAGAAACUUAUUUAAGGGGUUCAUUCGUUGCAGGAAUGAGAACCACACAACGUUGCGAAUCCAUCAACUCCGCUCUAAAAAAAUUUUUAGAGAAGAAUUAUUGCUUGCGUGAAUUUGUAACAACCAUAGAUAUGACAGUCUCAAAGCUCAGACACAACGAGACUGCAAAUGACUUCAAAAGCAGAUGCACUCGACCUCACCCACCUAAUCCUACAUGCUUGACCACUUACUACAACCAAUGUGCUGAAUUCUACACAAGAACUAUGUACCACAAGGUUGCUGAGUAG